AUACAGGGUGAGCUAGGACGCUGUUCGACAUUCGAGGGCUGGAUACCUACCUGUAAGACUUCCCGAAUAGGAAGCAUGCGGCGAGAAGAGGUAGGCUAGUAUCAUAAGAUGACUCUUAUGAAUCUAAACUCUCAGUAUUUAUAUAAUGGGAAUAUCUCUUGGCGUCUACACUGUAUCAUAUCGAACGCUAGGCUAUUAGGUAGUAGAGAGCGGUAUUGACAAAAGACAUUCAGGUACCUAACCAAAGGCAAAUAAUGGCGCGUUCACUUGCGUAUCUGGUAGCAACCAUUACCAGUGCCGCUUUUACGGCGGCGGCUACCAUUGCGAACCCGGGAUGUCAAGCAACGGCUCCAUCACAAGGUACUAUCAACGUGCCUACAGCCAACAUGACCGUGCCCGGAUCGCCUUUCGGACUCGUUUAUGCUCGGCCUGACUUUGCCUUCGCCGGCAUGGGCCAAAAAGUGAUUAUGCUGAACACAUCCGCGUUCAAACCUGCACUCGCCCGCGAGAUCGCGCUUCCCGCCUCCUUCAACCAGUCAGGAGUAGUCGUGGGCGGGAUCACCCUAUCUCACGACAAGCGCCAUGUAUACGCAGCCAUUGGACCCGGCGCCGUCAUCCUCGACGUCGAGAAAGCGAUUCUCGGUCACGUGAACCCCGUUGUCGGAACUCUGGUCGGCAAGAUUGGAGACAGCGCCAUUCAAGUGACGCUGUCCGCAGACGAUCAGUAUGCCUUGGUUACCCAAGAAUACGGCACCAACGCGACGCGUUACAAGGGUACUAUCGAGGUCUUUCAGAUGCAUCAGAGUCGUAACGGGUCUAUGACUGGCGUCAACAAGGGGUUUACCACUCUUGGCUAUGCGGUUGUCGGCACGGCAUUCUCUCACGACCAGAGCAAAGUAUACGUCACGAGCGAGGUCACCGCUGCUGCAACAUCCGCCAACGAAACUCAAGGGACCGUGAGCGUACUCGAUGCCGCGACGCUAUAUACCAACCCGUCGAAGGCCCUCCUCCAUAGCGUUGAUGCGGGUUGCAGUCCGGUCCGCCUCGAGGUCUCUCCUGAUGGUAAGCUGGUCUGGGUCACAGCUAGACAGAGCAACAGGCUCCUCGCCUUCGACACCGCCAAGCUCGAUUCCGCACACCCUGAGGGAGCGCUCGCGGCGAGCGUGCAAGUGGGCACGUCGCCCGUUGGCCUUGCUAUCAUUAACGGGGGUCGCCAUAUCAUCACCGCCGACUCCAACAGGUUUAACUCUCCUAACGCCACUACCGGGUUGACAGUCGUCGACGUCGAAGAGGCCCUGAGGGGCGAGCAAGGCUUCCGGAAGAUUCCGACUGGUAUGUUCCCGCGCGAGUUCGCCGUUAGCCCCGACGGGAAGACCGUGUUGGUAGCACAGUAUCAGAGCGAUGCUAUACAGGCCCUAGAUGUCGCCAAACUACUAUAAUGCGUUUAGAAAUACCUGGGUAUUGGACGCCUGCAAGGGCGAAUAUGACAUAAGCUCAUAGUACUUAGGC